AUGUCAUCGCAUCAGGGAACUCUUCAACCUCUUGAGCAUCGGUGUGGACUUCCAGACAACUAUGACUCGUUACCGGAUUAUGCACAAGCGGAAUUAAAUGAUCUUUGGAGUACCUGGGUACCUGACACACCGUGCAUGAAAGAGUUGGAAAUUCAGCACGAUAUCUUCAACCUGGUGAAAGCCUUCAGUAACAAGCUCGAACGAAAAAAACAGAAUGAGAAUACUAGUGGUCGCCUUUAUGUAGUACCUGCUGCCACGACUCCAGAUGACUACGAUGAUGACUACGUUGUACAAAACUCAGAACCGUUCUGGAAUGUCAUCGAAACAAAGGCCGAAGCUAAGCGAAAUCCACAAUCGAGGCCAACCCGUUUUGAUGAGGUUACUUAA